AUGUCUCCCGACCCGGGUGGCUUGGGACUCCCGCAGACAACGGGGAAAGUCCCGUUAGCGGAUGGGCCGAUGACACAUCUGGCCGGCCGAUAUCCACUCUUCGACGUCCCCCGUAAUUUACUUAAAGACCGGCAAACAAACGCUCUCGAAGUCAUUCCAGCGUUGGUCAUUGCUCAGAACUGCGAGGAAAAACGAAUCGAACGAAAGUCGAACAGAGCUUGUGGAUUUCCUUCUUCCUGCCAAAACGAGCCACUGGAUUUAAGGCUUUGGGAAAAAAUAAAAUUGCACGUGUCACAAGGAUCGUUAGAAGAAGUGCCGAUUCAGUUGGAAAACUGCAUCAGCACCCCGGGUGCGAAUUAUCAGUGCGUCAGGAUCGAAGAUUGCAAUGACAAAAGGCAACGGGGUAGCCAACAAUUCUGCAAAUGGGAAAGCAAACCAACGCACGUGUGUUGCUUGGAGAAACGCAGUGAUCAUCCUAUGGGGAAAUUCGCUCGGAGAGACAAGCGAGAGUAUCAGUCAUACUACGACGAUGAUGACUACGAAUCCUCAAUGGAAUACUUCAAUCGUGACAACCGUGGCUGGAGGCACGAGUACGAUGACUGGGAAAUGCCGUGGACGAAACAUAGGCGCCAGAGCGAUGACAGGAUGGAUUAUGGUUUUGAUCAUGAGUACGAUGACGAUUCCAAAAUAAUACCAAGCAUGGGCUCAAGGGGUGCAUUCGACAGUGACGAUACGGAAUGCGGCGUUUUGGCGGACGAAAUAAACGACGGGGUGCUGGGGCGAAUUUUCGGCGGCUCGCCCGUCCAAACAGCCGCGUCAUCUCCAUGGAUGGUUGCGAUUGGCAAAACUGAUCUGACCGGGAAGCCCGAAUUCUUCUGCGGCGGAGCUUUACUCAGCCAAACAAUCAUCUUAACCGCAGCCCACUGCGUUACGCAACGGUCGCCAAACAUGGUCAGAGUCGGCGAGCUGGACAUGAAUUCAAACACAGAACCAGCGGAGCCCCAGGACUCACUGAUCGAGGCUUCGACGAUUCACCCCGACUACAGCAAGCCUCGACACUACAACGACAUCGCCAUUGUCAGGCUAAAGACCCCGGUCAGGUACUCCAAGUAUGUUAGACCGAUAUGUCUGCCUCCGGACGACGGAAAUCUCUACGAGAAUGCUCCAGUCACGCUGACCGGAUGGGGAGACAUCAAGUCCAACGGUAAGGCCAGUCCUUUGCUUCAUAAAGUCGAAAUUAACGUCAUCAGCAACUCCCAGUGUAACGACAGGUAUAGAGAUGCUUUGAAGAGCAGUCGGAACAUCCGAGCUCUACCCAGAGGUAUUAUAGACUCUCAAAUGUGCGCCAGGGACGAGUUGGGAGGCAGAGAUGCGUGCAAGGGGGAUUCUGGAGGGCCGAUAGUCAGGAAGAACGGAAGACGACGGAUCGUCGUAGGCAUCGUGUCGUCAGGACUUGGCUGCGGAGAAAGAGAUCAUCCAGGAAUUUAUACGCGGGUUUCGCGUUACACCGACUGGAUUCGCAGCUUCUUAUAGAG